AUGUCUGAUAGGAGGGCGGAGCUAGAGCAGAAGAAGGCGAAGUUGUUAGCGAUUCGCGAAAGUAAAAAGAAGAGAGAUGAAUCCCGGAAGUUAUUCUCGGAUGAGAAGCUUUCGGAUAUCAGUCACAAUAGCUCCGCGGCUGAUUUACGACAAACUACUGAUGAACUGCUAAAAGAUCUCGGUAUAGCUACUGGUGAUGAAGUCAGUGGGAAUCUUCCUGACCAGGCAAUAUAUGAAAACGGAUUGUCAGAGUAA